GCCGAUCUGGCGGCUCCUCUGCUCAGGCCCGAUGCCGGGGUGGCAGCAGCGGGAGGCCGAGGCCUGAGGCUUGGCCAUGGCUUUGGCUUGUGAAGCGGCUGCUGGAGGCUCCGGGCCGGUUUUCCCGGAUUUGGGUGCCGCGGACUCGGGUCCGACCCUGAUCGAGAGUCUGUGUAUGAACUGCCUCCAGAAUGGGAUGACUCGGUUGCUGUUGACUAAAAUUCCAUUCUUCAAAGAAAUUAUUGUGAGUUCUUUUGCUUGUGAAAACUGUGGUUGGGUUAAUAAUGAGAUCCAGUCAGCUGGGAAGAUUCAGGAGGAAGGAGUGCGCUAUACACUGUUUGUUUCCUCCAAGGAGGAUCUGAACCGUGAAGUUGUAAAAGCUGACUGCGCGACCACUAAAAUCCCUGAACUUGACUUUGAGAUUCCACCAUUCACACAGAAAGGGGCACUGUCUACUCUUGAGGGUCUGAUUGACAGAGCUGUUGCUGGUCUAGAGCAGGACCAGCCCACACGGAAGGCAACUGAUCCUGAUAUGGCCUCGAAGAUUGAGGAAUUUAUUAAAAAGCUGAUGAAGCUGAAGGAUGUAGAGAUGUCAUUCACACUGGUUAUUGAUGAUCCAUCUGGGAACAGCUUUGUCGAGAAUCCCUACGCCCCACAAAAGGAUGAGGCGUUAAUGAUUACUCACUACAAGCGGGAUGCUCUACAGGACCGUAUGUUGGGGCUGCAGGCAUGUACAGAAGAGGAGACACCCCAAAAUACUGUGGAUGAUUUAAGGAAUGAAGUGUUGCAGUUUGGUACCAACUGUCCACAGUGCAAUGCACCUGCUGAAACCAACAUGAAGUUAGUGCAAAUCCCACACUUUAAGGAGGUGAUCAUCAUGGCAACGAACUGUGAAGCUUGUGGACACCGGACCAAUGAGGUGAAGUCUGGAGGAGCCACUGAACCUCUGGGUACCAAAAUCACACUGAGGAUUACAGACCCUUCUGACAUGAGCAGGGACCUGCUCAAGUCUGAAACUUGCAGCAUCUUUAUUCCAGAGCUGGAGUUUGAGCUUGGGAUGGGCAUUCUCGGAGGAAAGUUCACCACCUUGGAAGGAUUGCUGACAGAUGUGAAAGAAUUGAUUGUGGUAAAGAACCCAUUUUUUGCUGGGGACAGCACUGUUCCUGAAAGAUCUGAAAAGCUUAAAGAAUUUGGGCAGAAGUUGGAUGAGAUUAUUUCGGGUAAGAGAGAAGCCCACAUCAUCCUUAAAGACUCGGCGGGAAACAGUUACCUCCAGAAUUUAUAUGCCCCGGAUCCUGAUCCAGAAAUGAAGAUUGAGAAAUACGAGCGCACGUUUGAAGAUAAUGAGGAACUUGGUUUGAACGACAUGAAAACUGAAGAUUAUAAAGAGCAGAAAGUGGAUAAAUAAUAGAGAGAGAAUUUAAACAGAGGAUAGGGUGGAGUCAGGAAGGGGAUAGCUGAUGUGAAAUAUCUAAAUAGUUAUUCAUCCAAAGGAAUGAGAUUCCAAAAAAGAGUGGAGCAAUGAAUUGUUGUUGGUGAAACGUGAUGUGGGUCCUGAAUACAUUCCAUCCAGGUCACAGGUCCUGAAAACUGGAAUGCCCUUUGGUGCAGAGUGAAAUGAAUAACAGUUACUGGGCUUACCCCCCUCUUUAUUCUUCUGUACCCGCCACUGCACAAGCUGGGAAUGAAAGCCCAAAUAGCCUUCAGUUAGGUCCUUCGUGAUCAAACUCAAAUGAGGGAAAUCGCAGGCGGGAACCUAAUUGCCAUCACCUAAUGCAGCUUAUCCUGUGCUUGGAUGUCAUUUUCUGUACUUAUUUGUCCAGAAUUCAAAACAAAAUUUAAUCCAGAGGUGUCAGCUUUCUUCAUAUUUUCAAUAUUUGUGUGAUUUCACAGGUCUCUCCAGAUUGAUAGGCCAUCCCAUUAGGGUAACUAAUCCACCAAACCCAGUUCUCCAUUAUCUGAUUUCUUAUUGUGGUUCCAUAUCACACUCACCUGGAGUUGAGCAUUUUGGGGUGAAGCCAGCACUGAUCAAGCUGCAAGUAAUAAAUCGGGAAACAGUAUUGUAGCAAAAACAAAAAUACCUGGAAAAACUUAGCAGGUCUGGCAGCAU